AUGGUUUCAGCGGACAGAUGCUACGCGAACGACGGCGACGUGUCCGCGCGCUCAGGCUUUUCGAUGAAAUGCCCGGUGUGCGACAUGGUAGCGUGGAACGUUCUGAUCACUUGUUACGCGAGGAACCGGCGGAUCAAGUACGCACCGAAGUUGUUCGAGGAGAUGAGGGGGAGGGAGAGCGAGGUGGAGCCUGACGGCGUCGCCUGCAUCCUGCUCCUCCAGGCGUGCACGAGCCUGGGCGCGCUCGACUUCGGGGAGAAGGUGUGGGCGUACGCGGAGGAGCAUGGCUACGGGAGCGAGCUGAAGGUGCGCAACUCGCUGAUCGCGAUGUACUCGAGGUGCGGGUGCGUGGAGAAGGCGUACCGGGUGUUCUGCGAGACUCCUCAGAAGAGUGUGGUCUCGUGGAGUGCGAUGAUCUCGGGUUUGGCAGCGAAUGGAUUUGGGAAGGAUGCCAUCUCGGCGUUUGAGGAGAUGAUUAGGUCAGGUGUUGCUCCUGAUGAACAGACUUUUACCGGCGUGCUUUCUGCAUGCAGUCAUAGUGGGCUGGUUGAUGAAGGUUUCAGGUUUUUUGAUAUGAUGCGCUGUGACUACCGAUUGAAGCCAAAUGUUUGCCAUUACGGGUGCAUUGUUGACCUAAUGGGCCGUGCUGGCUUGCUUGAUGAGGCGUAUGAGCUUGUGACAAAAGAGAUGAGGGUUGCUCCAGAUGCGACAAUUUGGCGAACUCUUCUUGGUGCCUGCCGAAUUCAUGGUCAUGUUGAUCUUGGGGAGCGUGUGAUCACUCAUCUGAUUGAACUGAAGGCACAGCAAGCUGGGGACUAUGUUCUAUUGUUGAACACAUAUGCAGCCGUUGGGGAUUGGAAUAAGGUUGCAGAAGUCAGGAAGUUGAUGCGGGAAAAAGGAAUACAAACUACACCUGGCUGCACGACUGUAGAGCAUAAUGGUGAGGUUCAUGAGUUUAUUGCUGGUGAUGAUGCACAUCCAAGAAAGGUGGAGAUUUAUAAAAAGCUGAAUGAGAUAAACAAGCAUUUAAAGAUCGCCGGUUAUGUUCCAAAUGUGUCAUCAGAGUUGCAUGAUUUGGAUUCAGAGGGGAAGGAAAGUGCCCUAACCUAUCACAGUGAAAAGCUGGCGAUUGCUUUUGCUCUCCUUGUGACGCCGCAGCACAGACCAAAGCUUGCAAAGAAUCUUCGUGUCUGUGUAGACUGCCACAAUUUCACAAAGUUGUUUUCUGGUAUUUAUAACCGUUUAGUUAUUGUCAGGGACAGAACACGAUUCCAUCAUUGUGAGGGAGGAAAAUGUUCAUGCAAUGAUUAUUGGUAGUCCAUCCUUGCCUAUCUGUUGCAUUUGCAGCGCAUCACAAGAAUGUGAUGUUACCAGAGCAACACUGAAUGCUGGAACUGGCAACCUUGAGAUCAUAAUUACUUGAUGAGCUUUAUUACGAUGACAAGAAGAUUUUCACACAAGUGGUUUCCGGCUUUCUGCUGUCAUUAGUUAAGUAUCACGAUCAGUACAGAAUAGUGCCCAAGAAAAUAUCAACAUAAGGUCUUUAUAAUUGGACUGCAGGUUCAGUCAUAUCAUGUGAUUUCAGGAUUUUUAAGUAGAAAAUAUUCAAGAUCUUGCCUACAACAGCAAUAUACAAGAUUCAGAUAUUGACUAAUUAGAAGGAUCAUUUAUACUGCUAAUAGAGACACAAACCUGGCUUAUACCACGAUAUGGUGUCUUGACCAAAAAAACACGAUAUAUUUUCAUACCUUAGAACAUCCUUCUGUAAAAGCAAAAAAGGAAGUGAUGAAAAAUCAUGUGAUUUCUUGUUAUUCUAUCAAGAAUGCCUGAUCAGGCUUCACUGACAAGCUCAAGUGCAUUGUGCUUCAAACUAACGAAAUAAGUGUGGUGACUACUGUUUUAUGGUGAUCACUUAACAUUUUAUAGAUGUGCAAUACAAUGAGAUAACAUACAGAAUACAUGGACAGAUUCUCAUGCCAGCAGUUGAAGGACCACUGAAAUCUUAUGCAUGAGCAACAAGCACUUGUCUAAUGCAAAGUGCACAAUUGCAUGGUCAACUGAAGAAGUUGCCCCAUAAGUAAUACUGAUACCAAAGAGUGGAACCUGGUUUACUCUACGAGCAGAUCCUGGAGAUGAUGUGAUCUUUGAACUACAAACUCCCAAGGAGCACGUUGACGCCAAAGCCAGCAUCCACACCUUUGAUACAUUGAUGAUUGUUGAUGUGAUGGCCGAAGGCUUGGGAAUCAGGUAAGCGUAAUCUAUUUUUUCAAUUGAUGCCGACGAAAUGACAUCUUAGUUCAUACUACGAAUUGCGGGUCACGUCCAGUUAUCCCAGCUGCUCCGCUAAGUCGAAGCUGAAUGUUGUUUAUUUCUCCUCCAUGGACGUCUGGAGCUCCAAGGCAUGUCCGGAGCACCGUGGGAUAUCCCCAUGCAUAGAGAAGGUUCCUAUUUGAUGUCUCCUGAUUCGGUUGCCAUCAUCAAUAAUUGAUCCUCGAUUAAGGCAUACUUGAAGCAGGGAUAAGAAGACGCAUGAAGCAACAAUGUCACGUCCAACGUUGAACGUUUCUUCAACCAAACCUUUUGA